CUUUUGUUUCCAAGGGUGGGAGAGGUCUGAGGUGUGAAUGGUCAUUAACAUAUCUUUUGUUUCCAAGGGUGGGAGAGGUCUGAGGUGUGAAUGGUCAUUAACAUAUCUUUUGUUUCCAAGGGUGGGAGAGGUCUGAGGUGUGAAUGGUCAUUAACAUAUCUUUUGUUUCCAAGGGUGGGAGAGGUCUGAGGUGUGAAUUGGUCAUUAACAUAUCUUUUGUUUCCAAGGGUGGGAGAGGUCUGAGGUGUGAAUGGUCAUUAACAUAUCUUGUUUCCAAGGGUGGGAGAGGUCUGAGGUGUGAA